GACGCUACCUUUUUCUAUUGUUGUUCCAGCACGCAGCGAGAGCGGACGCACGCCCGAACGCGUCCCUGGCUUGGUGGUGGUGAACGAGCCCGUCGAAAAGCAUUUCUCUGCCUAGCCAUUAAUCGCUCCUCGAAAUAGAAUUAACUAAUUCUGUACUGUAUAGUGUGUGCGGCUUUUGUGAAAAGUGUGUGCUUCGUGUGGCUUUCGUGCAGAAAUCCUUCCACGCACACACACAAUCGAUGAACAAGCAAGCAGCAGCGGUUCCGUUCGCUUGUAUCCCGUUUUUUUCGCGCUGUGAGCCGAAAUCUCAAUCCGGUUUUCGAGCCCAGAAGCUACGCAAAAGCUCCGGCAAAUAGAACGAAAAAAAAAAAUAACUCACCUUUACCACCGGCAGCCGAUUUCAUUGAUAAAGUUUUGAAAGUGUGUUUGCUUGCGCCCGGUACGCGCUGUGACGAAAUGUUUUGAUGCGGCGGCGUUAAAGGGAGAAGAAAAGCAGCGUCUCCUCAUGCGCUCUAAGGAGAUUGGUUGAGAAACGUAGCGGGGCCAGUUGUGUUUGUGAACUAGGAGAACAGCAAGGUGUGGUGCCGCAACGCUGUUUUUUUUUCGUUGUUAGAAGAAUUAGAAGAGAAUUUUUGAAUAAUUGAAAAAAAGAAAUAAAAUUCAAAAAAGUAUGUAAUGUUUGCACAAGAAACGUAAAAGGAAAACGGGCACACAAAAAAGUGAUGUCGUUUAGUUGGCUGGUGUGAGGAAGAAAUGGUGCAGCUCGGCUGGUUGGGUUGAGCCAACAAGUGUGUUUAUCAGAAAAGAAGAAAUAAAAAUUCCAACUCGAUUGUGCGGUUGUGCAGAUUAGCGCGGUUUCUUUGUGUGUGUGUAAUAUUUGUGUGUGUGCUUUGUGUGUAUGUGUGUGUGCGCCCUUGGUUGUGCCCUAUUUCGCCUGUAUUUAUGCGCCCAUCGUGAGUGUCGAUUGCAAUUAGUGCAGCGCAGCAUGAAGCCCUUCGGCGGUGCAGCUACGAUGCAGCAUCACGCCGGAAGUGGCUGCAACAAUAGUGCAUCAUCAUCAUCACCAGCAUCAUCGCUUAGCAACGACGACAGCUGCAGCAGAUGCGUCCGUCAGCGGCCGCCACCCAGUAGCAGCAGCAGCAGCAGCAUGGCACGCCGGAAUCUAAUCGUAUGCAUGGCGACACUGUUUUCGCUAAUGUUUACAAAAUGUUACGCCAGUCAAGCGCUCGAGUUUACGGUGGAACCAUCGGACGUGACCAUCCCGGAAGGCAACUCGGUGAUGCUGCAGUGUGCCGGCCGGGCCGACCGGAAAGUGCUGCAGGACGGCAAGGUAGCGCCGAACAUUCGGUGGCGUGGCCCCGACGGCCAGGACAUCGGCAUCGUGGGCGACACGUUCCGGUCGCAGCUGACCAACGGCUCGCUGUACAUCAGCUCGGUCGAGAGUAACCGCGGACUGACCGGCUUCUAUCACUGUCUGCUCAGCGUGGACGGUAUCGGCACGAUCGUGAGCCGGUCGGCACGUGUGGCAAUUGCAGACCUGCCGGACAUUAAUCAGGAAUCGCACGAAAUCUACCUGUACGCUGGCCAGACGGCCUACUUCAAGUGUAUGUCCAGCCUGCUGCCUUACAGCAUCGAAUCGCGCUACCACACGGAGUGGCUAAAGGACGAUCUACCGCUCCGGAUGGACCUGACGCGCAUGCUCCUGCUGCCCUCCGGUGCGCUCGAGAUUGAUGAAGUUGUCCCAGCGGACCGUGGCACCUACCAGUGCAACGUAACGGCCGGCACCUUCUCACGCCUGAGCAGUAAAUCGAACCUCAACAUCAAAUCGACCGCGGGCCAGCCGCAAAGCUUUGCCCCACCGGCGUUCGUGAUCGUCCCGCAGCCCCAAACAGUGCGCGAGGGCGACACCGUCAUACUGGACUGUGCGGCCAACGGCAACCCAAAGCCAACGAUCCGCUGGCUCCGCAACGGGGAAGACAUCGACAUGAACGAUCUCGACUCGCGGUUCCGCAUCAUGGGCACGGGCUCGCUGCAGAUCAACUCGAUCCAGGACACGGACGCCGGCGACUACCAGUGCCGGGCGAGCAAUACGGAGGAUUCGCUCGAUGCGUCUGCGACGGUGCAGGUCCAGGUGCCGCCCAAGUUCAUCCUCAGCCCGGACGAUAAGGUGGCGUACGAAAAGGAGGAGCUCGAGCUGACCUGCUCCAUCCACGGCAAGCCGACGCCCAUCAUACAGUGGCUGAAGAAUGGGGACCUGAUCACGCCGAGCGAGUACAUGCAGAUUGUUGGAGGCCACAACCUAAAAAUCUUUGGACUUAUCGGUUCGGACGCGGGAAUGUUUCAAUGCAUCGGGACGAAUCCGGCUGGAAGUGUGCAGGCGGCAGCUCGGCUGGAAAUAAUCGAGCCAGGUCUGCCGAAACGGCACAAGGGCAAAAAGUUUCAGCAGACGCAAUCGAAAACGAAAUCGUACGAAAAGUCGCCGCUGCUGCUGCAGUCCGAUCCGAAGCUGUCGAAAUCGGUACUGGACAGCCUGGUGUCGCGCACCAAGGCACGCCCAAAGUACACGAACGAUGACUAUGCCGAUCACGACCGCAUGCUUGACAGUGACCAUGACGGGGACGACGACGACGAUGAAGACGAUGAGGACGAGGACGAAGAUGAUGACGAUGAGGAGGAGGGUAAAAUCUACCCGCUGCGACCGAACGAGGACCCGAACAAGCUGUACCAAACGCUGACCGGGUCCCGGUCCCGGGAGGACGGCGGCGAGUUGGUUGGCCAUUUCUCUAAUCCCAAGUCUCCCCUUAACGCUGUCACGCGGAAAUACUCGAAAUCAUCGUACGCAGACGGGAGUGGGAAGUUUGCGGCACCGCUGCCGGGGCCGCCGCGCACCCUCCAGGCCCAGAUCGUGCAGUCGCGCUUCAUUACGCUGAGCUGGCUGGAGCCGGCCAAAAACCCGGACGAGGUUAUCUCCUACUCCGUUUACUACCGCAUGCACACGAGCGAUAGGGAGCGCAAAAUGACGACGAAAUCGCGCGACGAGCAGGAAAUCAACAUCCAAUCGCUGCAGCCGGGCAAAAACUAUCACUUCCGCGUGGUGGGCAACAGCAACCACGGGCCGGGCGAGUCGUCGGAAACGCUGGAGGUGCGCACACUGUCCGAGGAGAAUAUUGCCGGGGCGCCGCAGAAUCUGCGCGGGUACGCCAUCACCGAGAAGGACAUCCACCUGCAGUGGGAUCCGCCGGCGAUAACGAACGGCAUGAUAGCGAAGUACCGGGUGUACUACGCCGAAACGGACAACGGUAUGACGGAGAUGUACGCGGACACGACCACCACGGAGGCGAUCCUUAACGAGCUGCGCCCGUACACGAAGUACACGAUGUACGUGGUGCCGUUCAAUCAGGCCGGGAUGGGCGAUCCCUCGCACGAGAUUGACGUGAAGACGUACUCGUCGACACCGUCGGAACCGCCGGCGAAUGUGACGCUCGAAACGACCAGCUCGACGUCGGUCGCGAUACGCUGGGAGCCGCCGGCGUUGGAGGAUCGCAAUGGGCAGAUCACGGGGUACAAGAUCAAGUACCGGAAGAACAAGAAGCCGCUGCAGGUGGAGACGACGCCGGCCAACGUGCGGUACUACAUACUGAAGGAGCUGGACAAGAUGUCCGCCUAUCAGGUGAAGAUAGCGGCGAUGACCAUCAACGGCACCGGGCCGUUCACCGAGUGGCACCACAUCGAGACUUACGAGAACGAUCUGGACGAAUCGCAAGUGCCGGGACAGCCGGCGUGGCUGAAAACUCGCCCUGGAGCGGACAAUAUUACGGUCACGUGGGGCCCGCCGGUCCACCAAGAGAUUAAGGUGCGCAGCUACAUCCUGGGCUGGGGCAAAGGCAUCCCGGACGAGGACACCGCGGAGAUUGAGGAGCGUAUGCGCUACUUCGAAAUACCCAACCUGGAACCGAACAGCGAGUACGUGAUUUCGUUGCGCGCUCGCAACGCAAUGGGCGACGGGGCGCCCAAGUACGACACGGUGCGCACCCGGGAAGACGCUCCGAUCGAAGCGCCAACGCCGCUGGAAGUGCCGGUCGGGCUGCGUGCCAUCCCCAUGUCCGGCACGUCCAUCGUCGUGUACUGGACGGACACAACGCUCAGCAAAAGCCAGCACGUGUCGGACAAUCGGCACUACGUGGUGCGGUACAGCCCGAACGGGUCGAAUCGCUACCGCUACCACAACACGAGCGUGCUGAGCUCCAUGAUCGGCGAUCUGCGCCCCAACACACAGUACGAGUUUGCCGUGAAGGUGGUGAAGGGGCACCGCCAAUCGGCCUGGUCCAUGUCGGUGCUGAACUCAACCCAGCCCGCAUCGCCCGUCUCGCCGCCGCGCGAUCUGCAGGUGACGUUCGAUCCGCGCAACCCUCUCACGGCCCUGCUAAGCUGGCUUUCCCCGCGCCACGUCAGUGGACCGAUCGCGGGCUACCAGGUCCUGUACACCACGGACAACACCAAGCGGGAUCGCGAUUGGAACAUCGAAUCCACCACCGGCGAGCACACGUCGGCCGAAAUUCUCCACCUCGAACCGCACACGACGUACUACUUCAAGGUGCAGACGCGCCACUCCAAAGGGUUGGGCCCGUUCUCCGCCAUGGUGUCGCUGAAGACGGGCGCCGAGCUCGACUCGAGCGGCAACCUGACGCUGGACAGGUCGUUCUCGAUGGAGCUGAUCUACGUGACCACCGGCUUCGCGAUACUGGGCUGCCUGGUGAUCAUCGGAAUUUCGGUAAUGAAGUGCCGCAGCAAGGGUCCGGAGGGUACGCCCGAGCAUGCGAAGAAAAGCUAUCAGAAGAAUAAUGCGGGCAUCAUUAAACCACCCGACCUCUGGAUUCAUCACGAUCAGAUGGAGCUGAAGAACAUGGACAAGGGCGGCAACCACGGGACGACGCCCGGCUCGGUCGAUGGCGGUGCGUCGAGCAGCGGUACGAUGACGCUGCCCCGGUCCGUCGGCGGUGGGCACGAUUACGAUAGCGAAACGCCGAUCACGCACGUCACCAACUCGCUGGACAAGCGAAGCUACGUGCCUGGGUAUAAUGGAAACACGACAUCACUCAGCUCGACGAUGGAGCGACCGCAGUACCCGCGCACACAGUACAGCAUGGCCGCCCGGCCCCAUAUAGCGAUGGAGCAGCAGACACUGUCACAGCAAAACCUUCUCCAGCAGCCGCCACAGCUGCCGCCCGCAAAUCCGCUCGCUCAAACGCCCGAAAAUCCCUACACUUACGACAGUAGUUAUAGCCCGAACGUUACCUACGCCCAAGGUAUAGCGGUGGAUGCUCCGAAACGGGGCCAGGGACACCCGCUGAAAAGCUUCAGCGUACCAGCACCGCCCGCAUCCACACCGAUCAUCAGCGGCCAGGGCAAGCAUGGUACACCAACGCCUGCCGUCACGAUACGCCCGCAGAACUCAUCGCCCUACAAGAAGCCCUCGCUCUCGUCCGGUUCGCUGACCAACCGGCUGCAGAGCGGCCCGGUAGUGGCACACUCGAACGACGAAAUCCAGCGGCUGGCACCGUCCACCUCGACCGAGGAGCUCAACCAGGAGAUGGCCAACCUCGAGGGCCUGAUGAAGGAUCUGAGCGCAAUCACGGCGAACGAGUUUGAGUGCUAGAUUGCUUCUCCUUCUGUUUUGUAUGCUUCUUGGUCCUGCCAGGGAAAAAUGGCGGUGCAAAACGCGUGAUCAAAACUGUUUAGUCAUUAUUACUUUUAAUUUUGGUGUGAAUGUGUGGCGUGCGUUAGAGUGAGUGAGUGAAAGAGUGUGUGAACACGAGCGAAUGAACGUGGAUCGUACGGAAAACGGAAGGUGCGAGAUCAUGCAUGCACGAUCGACUGAGCGUGUUGCGUCUGGCACGUGCAAGGUAGGCAUUAUGAUUAGUAUUACAAUUACUUUAACGCAACAACUCCGGUAAAGGAUAAUUGAUAAUCGAGAUGAUAAUGCGGUACGCUGGAGUGACAAUGUCACCGAGUGGUCCCCAAGUGUAUAACUGCAUUCGUAUAACUCACAUUAAUUUAUUAAACCUACUCAUUAAGGACGACUAACCCGCUCUCCUAAUUGUAUCGCGAAACGACCUAAACAAAAUCACAUCUAAAACUACCACUCCGAAUGGGGGUGAAACGUCUCACCUGCGGCCGGUUGAGCGAAUUAGGGAAAAUAUAUUUCGCAUUUAAGCGACCACGGAACGGACGAAACUUUUAUAGCAACCAGUAGUUGCUCGGUCGGUAGGCUAGGACUAACGUAUGAAUUAUUCUGACCAAGGGAAGGGUCGAUGGAAAGCCCGUUUCUGUCUGCUGUCGUGUGUAAUCACUUUCCAUUUCGGAAACGGCUCUCUUAUUAGAUUAGCGACUGGCAGACAUACUUCAGAUUGUAAAUAUGAACCCCCGAAACUGAAGAGACCGAA